AUGUACCGUUGGUACGAUGACCGUUGGCCCGUGGUUAACCUUCUGCAGAAGCGUCAAAAGCUGGACAAAUUGGCGGAGCUUGGCUUCGCAGAGGACAUGGCUGAAGUCCUCGUGGAAACACUUGGACUGGACCCCAUCGGGAAGUCGACCGAUGCCGCCAUUGCUGAAGCAAUGGCUGGAGAAGGCUUGGUGGACUUGGCGUCAGUGAUAGUCGUGGCUGGCGAGGUCGACGACAAUGCACCCCUGUCGGAUGUGAAUGCCCGGACGGCAGUCAAAUCGCUGAGGAUCCUCGCCCCGAACCUGGGAGCUGCUAAGGCCCUCCAGCUUGCCAAAGCAGCAUGUGCCCUCACUGCACAGCCGUCUGACGAGUCGGACGAGGGCCUGUCACCAUUGCUGGACCCACUGGAGCAGGAGCGCAAGACUAACGAAGAGAUGGCGAAGGCGCUCGUGGGUUGUCAUAUUGCAGCCAUGCCUGUGGCAUCAGAUGACUCUGAGUCGAUGGCCAUCUCAUUGCCGUCCCCUGUCAUAUCAUCACUGGCUGAGCCCUGUGCCGUGCCCACUGCUGACGGCCCUGCAAUGGCCAUGUCGGCUUGCAGCUGGGGUGCCGUGGUAUUAGGCCAUUCAGCUGCAGCUGUGGCACGUGCUGCAGCAGCAGCCUCCAUGUGCUCAGCCUCAGUGCUGUCCAGCAACCAGCAGUGGCUCAGCCUUCGGGUGAAGGACUGGAACUGCAUACAGGCAGAGUCGCACUCCAGCAAUGGGCUUGGGGAGCCAGCUGAAGUGGCCAGCCCUGCUGUGUGCCAACAGGUGUAG